AUGCAUUAUCAUGGACCUUUAAGGGGGCCCGAAGCUCCACAUCCCUACCACGUCACAAUCCCAGGCUCGAACCGAGGGCCGGGGAACACAAGCAACCUCCGGGAUGCCAAGGCCGAUACUCAGGUGGGCUCUGCACCAGGGACCAGCCGAGUACCGGUACCCGACGAGAUAUCAUCCCCGGGGCCCUCAAACUUCGGAUCGAGGGGGGCCACAAAAAUGGCUCCUGGGUCCAAGGCUGAGAGGGCUCUGGAAGGAGAUAUCUCGUCGGAGAACCCCACCCUGUCCGAGGAGGAGCGCCUACUGAGCGACAAUGUUGCCCAGGUAGGAGCUCGCCUUGGAGAGAUGAAGGUGAAACGGGCAAACCGCAGCGGGGCUGCCAAGAAAAGGGCGGCUCGCAGAAGAAGGGAAGCCACGGCGAGCAAUCCAAACACACAGCCUGAACCGGAAGGUAAUAGGCAGCCACAAACGAGUUCCAAGGCUCAGACUGAGAAAAGUCAGGUGCCUAGGAACCCGAAGAAACCAGCCUACGCUGGAAAACGAGCGGCCAAGGGCAACGCAGGCUCACAGGUCCCCAAGGGAGCUGCGGGACAGCGAGGCUCUGAGGGCAGCGAACGGAAGGUGGACCAAACAAAAAGGGUGAGGUCCACCGGGUCAACACCUCCGGACCAACGGCAACAGGCAAAGAGGCUCUGCCUAGUGGUUCCAGAAGCCACAUUGGGCAGGGGCACCUUUGCCCAAGCUGCUGGGGACGAUGAACUGCGGAGAACAAUCGUCAGAAUAGGACGAGAGUCUACAGGGUUCUCCGCCGACGACCUGCUGGAUUUCAGGAUGAAUUCUUGCUCAAAAAUAGAGUUCAAAAAACGUGACUGGUACGUUGUUGAUCAAGUUCUAGCCGAAUUCCACCUAGUCAAAACUCCUGAAAGUCUUAUUCUGCUACAACCUGUGAAGGUUGUCGAGAGAGCGAAUACUGCUUUGCAAGGAUCUCCUCAGACUCAGAGUAUUGCUAAAAUAACGAUAGAAAGCAUCAAUUUGAAAGUGCCACAUCUCACACCCAACGAUGACAUAAAGUUGCAGUUGUUGACACGUAUCAAAGCAGAUGAGUCUAUGAUGAUACCGUUUCGCCGAUGGGAAUUGCACGAGCUACCAGCACUCACACAAGGAUCUACCAUAGAAAUCUGGUCCGUAAAGACAUGUUCUGCAUUGGACAGUCCAAGAUAUGUUAUAGUAUUUUUCCAAACGAAAAAAGCCGAUAAUUUGCAUGAGGAUGUCACCUUGUUCGAUAAUGCCAACAUCAAAUCCAUACGAUUGGCUCUGAAUAGCGACUAUUAUCCGCAAGAAAGAAUGCUAUUGGACUUUUCCCGAGACCAAUAUGCCGACGCCCACUUCAACUAUACAGAGUUCAACAAGAGCUACCAUAACUGUCAAGAAAAGCGCUCUCUAGUAAACUUUGCCGAAUUCAAAUCCCGACCAAUGUUUGUUAUCGAUUGCUCGAGGCGCUAUCUGGGUCUAAAGUCGUCCACAGUUGACAUAAAGAGCUGCUGGUUCGCAUUGCCUGUCCAGCUGUUGGCCAGAAAAGUGUGUGUCUACCAGUAG